AUGGCUCAAGCACCGCCCACCUUCACCCCAGACAGCGAAUUCGCCGAGCUGGAGACGCCACGCGGUCCCAACAGCAGUAGCCUGUCCAUAUCGGCACUGGCCCGAUUCGAGUUCGAGGCAGGCAAGGGCAAUGAUGGCACGAAGAUCUUGAUGAUUGAGUGGGAGGACGAUGACCUGACCCGAUCUGCGGCGGAGGGGUCGUGGCAUGUCUCAUGGACCGGCAAGACUACUGUCCUGCCCGCUGAUGACCGGCCCAGUGACAGCCUUCACCGCGUUUACUUUUUGCUGCCUUCCCAGGUCACCAUCCCGCCUGUGGUUACGCUCUGUUAUGAACCGCGGCCCUCGGACAAAGCAGACAUCGCGUCAAUUCCUACUCCAAAUCCUCGCGAUACUUUCCAGCUGAACCCAUUACCCGCCAUCUUCCCUCCGGAACUGGGAGCUACGGGUCGCUCGGCCGGAAAGAAAGGAGUCCUGCACACAAUAUGGGCGAAGAAGCGUCUGCGCGUCCUAGACCAGGAGAUUCGCCAUGAAUGCUUGAAUAAUGCUGAGGGGGUUGCCCUGCACAUGGCACUAGAGGAGAAGGAAUGGAUCGAGACAAACUUUGGAGUUACAGCACGGACUAUCGACGUUGCCAGGAGCCACGACUCCUCGACCUCAAACUCAGUCUAUCCCACUGGGCCAGCUACACCAGUGUCCCCAGUCAGCGGAAGGAAAUUAACCGACAAGCUCAAGGGAUUGAAACUGCAGACCAGCGAGAAAGACUUGUCUGCAAAAGAUGGUCAGUCUUCCGCCGUCACUAGCUCCUCUAUCGGAGAACUGAUAUCAGCAGACUCGAGUCCAAAUUCGGCGCAUCUCCUUUCUCCACAGUCCCCUGAUGUCGCCGUUUCUUCCUUCAGCUCCUUCAGCACUCUCGCCAAACAACCGCCGGACUCCAUUCCCACACCAGUCACGAAUCCUACGCCGACUCCAAACUCCUGUACCAAUCCUGCGGGCUCUGAGUUGCCUAAGGCAGUUGCACUUCAUCCCCCCGAGUCCGUCCAAGAGGCCCAGCAGACGACUGGUCCUGGAGGCUUCGCUGCGAUGAGCUCUAUGGCAACAAUCGCACGCACUUCGAGUGCCGAAUCCGGCGAAGGACUCUUCGCCAAGGCGCUCAGCCCGCGCUCUCCGGAUCUGCCGCGAAGCCCAUUCUCAUUUGCCUGA